GUUCUUUUGCGAUUAACGUUCGAAAGGCUCUCUGGACGCCAAGGUCAAGCCGAUUCAUUUCGUCCUCCGCUGAAGCCGAGGCACAAGUGCCAAGCGGGUUAUCUGAAGAGCUUUUGAAGAAGUCAAAGGCUCUCGCAAUCGAGCUUCGCAAGUUAAACCAUGAAAUGACGCAGUUUUACCAGACCACACUUGGUCAUAGCAAAGGCCCUUUUACUAUCCAAGAAACGGCCCCAAGCCUCACCACAUACCCCUUCAAGGUCGAAGAGAACAUGAUCAAGGUUCGCUCAGGUAGUGACGUUGUGAUCCCAAAUAUCUGGCUAAGGGACAAUUGCCAAUGUAGCAGUUGCAUGCACAAAGCCACCAAGCAACGUCUGCUCGAUACCUUCCAGAUUCCUCGCGACAUAACGAUACGGUCCUCUGAGAUAGACCCUGAAGGUGUCAGAGUCAAAUGGAGCGACGGCCAUGAAAGCCACUAUACCGCCGAUUUCCUCUCAAGCAGCCACAUGUCCUACCUCCAAAGAGCCAAGGUUCGUCAAGACUUAGUGAACAUUAAAUUGUGGGACGAAUCCAUAGCACAGCGCCCACCCAUCGUUAGUUAUGAUAACUUUCAUGAUAAAGACGGCGUGAAAGAUGUGCUUGAUAAAAUUCGCACAUUCGGGUUCUGCUAUAUUGACCAACUCCCUGUAUCCCCCGAAGCAACUGAAAAGGCCCUAGAGCGCAUAGCAUUUAUCCGGCCUACGCACUAUGGUGGCUUCUAUGAUUUCACAGCCGACCUAGCCUCCAAGGACACGGCGUACACCAAUAUCUACCUCGAGGCUCAUACAGAUACGACCUAUUUCUCCGACCCUGCAGGUCUGCAGGCCUUCCAUCUUCUCGAGCACUCCGGCGGCGAAGGCGGUACCUCCCUCCUUGUCGAUGGCUUCAAAGUUGCGAAAGACCUCAACCAUCUUGACCGUGAAGCGUACCACAUACUAAGUACUGUAAAUGUGCACUCCCAUGCUAGCGGCAACGAGGGCAUAAGUAUCCAGCCAUACCGCGGGUUCCCAGUUUUCCAACAUGAUCCUGAAACUGGAAUUUUGCUUCAAAUUCGCUGGAAUUCGAGCGACAGGGCUGGGGUUGCACUGCCAGUUGACCAAGUCGAAGAAUGGUACGAUGCAGCAAGGAAAUGGAAUGACCUGCUAAAGAAGAACGAGAACGAGUAUUGGUGUCAACUAACGCCAGGGAGAUUAGUUGUCUUCGAUAAUUGGAGGGUUCUCCAUGGUCGCUCAGCGUUCACCGGGAAACGGAGAAUAUGCGGUGGAUACAUCAACCGUGACGACUGGAUCUCUAAGCACAAGAUGCUUCAUUUCGGGCAAGACGCAGUGAUGAAGCAUCUUCCAACCGGUUGAGCGACUGCCAUUCCGCUAGCAGUGUCUCGAGGAUCAUCCACGUGCCUUAAAGCCAGUGGCCUAUAUAUCUGCACU